CCAAAUCGUAUUGAUCUCCUCCUUAUUUACCUUCCUCUUAGACCGGCCUUGCCCAUCUUCUCCCACGUCUCUAACUUUCACUUCCUCCAAUUAAAACUACUAACUACUAAUAUAUACUUUUUCUCAACCACCAUAUUACACUCUAUAUGCAUGUCCAAAAACAGGGAGAGAUUUGAAGAAGGCGAAAAAAGAAAAAGAUUAAAGAGAGAGAUCGAUGAUACAAAAUCAUCAAUAAUGGUGGCAAGUAAUUCAUGUUAUAAUAUGAUGUGUGUGGGUCCAACUCCGACACGUACACCUACACCACCGUUGGGAACAGCUUUGAAUACUAUAACGCCUUGUGCCGCCUGCAAGCUUCUCCGGCGACGUUGCGCGGAAGAAUGUCCUUUCUCACCUUAUUUUUCACCACAUGAACCUCAAAAGUUUGCCGCCGUUCACAAAGUAUUUGGUGCUAGUAACGUCUCUAAAUUGCUCAUGGAAGUACCAGAAAACCAAAGGGCAGACGCAGCGAAUAGUCUAGUAUAUGAAGCGAACGUAAGACUAAGAGAUCCAAUUUAUGGUUCGAUGGGUGCAAUCUCAACAUUACAACAUCAUGUUCAAACAUUACAAGCUCAACUCAAUGCAAUUAGGGCUCAAAUUAUAAAGUACAAAUAUAGAGAAGCUACUAAUAAUCUCAUUUCUGCAGCUAAUAAUCAAACUAAUAAUCUUCCUCAUCACGGCGGCCAUCCUGAUAAUUCAUUAGUCACUUCUAUGGCAGCCGCCGUUUUAGCCGCUAGUUUCCCACCACAAGUACAAUCGCCACCGCACCUGAAACCAACGCCGCCACCACCGCUGUCUACACCUCCACCACUUUUGUGUCCUGUUGCUGUGCUUUCGUCAUCGUACACACCACCUCCACCACCGCCUCUAGCUCCGCCUCCUGAUUCUGGCACAGCCAAUAAUGGAUUUACUUCUAUUUCUAAUGAUCAUGGUGUUCCAUUUUUUGAUUGA